AUGGCUGCGUAUACAGAAACAACUGCAACGCCAUUCACUACAAUCGAUUUUUCCGUGGCUGGUGAAACACUUCAAUUCGGAAAUAAUGAAAGAAAUAUUUUAGCUUAUUGGAAGCAAAUAAAUGCAUUUGAAACAAGUAAUAAAUUAUCAAAAGAUCGCCCAAGAUAUACAUUCUAUGAUGGUCCACCAUUCGCUACUGGUUUUCCACAUUAUGGACAUAUUUUAGCUGGAACAAUUAAAGAUACAGUUACUCGAUGGGCUUAUCAAACAGGACAUCAUGUUGAACGUCGAUUUGGUUGGGAUUGUCAUGGCUUACCAGUGGAAUAUGAAAUUGAUAAAGCACUGAAUAUUAAAGGUCCUGAAGAUAUAGCUAAAAUUGGUAUUGCUACUUAUAACAACCAUUGUCGGCAAAUUGUUAUGCGGUAUGCUGAAGAAUGGGAAGAUAUUGUUAAUCGUAUGGGUCGAUGGAUUGAUUUUCGACGAGAUUAUAAAACAAUGUAUCCAUAG